AUGGACUGUGCAGGAGGACAUGCAACGGAUCUGCAUUACGACGGGGUUCAAGUGGAGUUCCUGCCGCCCAACACCACUUCCCUCAUCCAACCAAUGGAUCAGGGGGUCAUUCAGGCCUUCAAGGCCCUCUACAUGAGGUCCACGAUGGAGGGCCUCAUCUCCUCCAUCGACGAAGGCGACGAUGACUUCAGCCUCAAGAAAUAUUGGCGGGAGUACAACAUUGCGACGUGCCUGGCCAACAUUCAGAACGCUCUUAAGGGGAUGAAACAGCAAACACUGAAUGCAAGUUGGAGAAAACUGUGGCCAGACGUCGUUCAUGACUAUGAGGGAUUUACGCCAGACGAAGUUCAUCACUCCGCCGUAGAUAAGGCUGUGAGGCUGGCGCGGUUGGUAGCCAACGAAGGUUUCACCGACAUGACGGCAGAAGACAUCAACUCACUGAUCGACUGCCACUCAGAGCCCCUAACCAACGAGGACCUCGUCGAAAUGAUAAGAUCGGCGAGUGAGGAAGAAGAAGAGGCAGCCGACGACGGCGAUGACGACGAACCUGAGCAACGUGGCCUUACAUUGGAAAAUCUGCAAGAACUCUGCAACAUGGCACGGGCUAUGCAACAAAGGGCGCAAGAAAUCGAUGACAACAUGGUUAGAGCCAUCGAAUUCAGUAACCGUAUUGACGGUGUUAUGGCGUUGUACAAGGGCAUCUUUGCUCAGAUGAAAAAACAACGUCAACAACUUCCCAUCACGAUGUUCCUGGUGCGCCGAAAACCUCCUGCAGAAGUGUCGGAUACUACUCCUCCUGCUGCCUCUCCGGCUUCCUACCGAAACACUACGUUGCCUCCUGCUGUUACUCCAGCUCUAUCGGAAGCUGCCGUCGGUGAUCCCCCGCCUCUAACAACUGACGAUGAGGCGUCACCUGAGGAGUAG